GUUGACUGUCAUUCAAUGUAAUUAUUUGACAAGCUAAUCCAUUGAUUAAAAAUUGUUAUUAAAAAUAACCUAUUUUUAAUGAUUUGGUGCUAUUUUAGUGCAAGAUAGCUAAAUAUUUAAUAAAAUAUACGAAUAAAAUACAAAAUGAGCUUUCUAUUUGGAAGUCGAUCGAACAAAACCUUCAAGCCAAAGAAAAAUAUACCUGAGGGAACUCAUCAGUAUGACCUGAUGCGUCACGCGGCGGCCACACUGGGUUCAGGUAACCUACGACUGGCUGUCAUGCUGCCUGAGGGAGAGGAUCUCAAUGAAUGGGUUGCAGUUAACACCGUAGACUUCUUCAACCAAAUCAACAUGCUGUAUGGAACCAUCACGGAGUUCUGCACGGAGGAGUCAUGCGCCGUGAUGUCCGCGGGACCCAAGUACGAGUACCACUGGGCCGACGGACACACCGUCAAGAAACCCAUCAAGUGUUCCGCGCCCAAGUACAUAGACUACCUCAUGACGUGGGCGCAGGACCAGCUCGACGACGAGACGCUGUUCCCUUCCAAGAUAGGAGUGCCGUUCCCCAAGAACUUCCUCUCGAUGGCAAAAACGAUCCUGAAGCGUCUGUUUCGCGUCUACGCCCACAUCUACCACCAGCACUUCCCGGAGGUGGUGCAGCUGGGCGAGGAGGCGCACCUCAACACGUCCUUCAAGCACUUCAUCUUCUUCGUGCAAGAGUUCAACCUCAUCGAGCGCCGCGAGCUGGCCCCGCUGCAGGAGCUCAUCGACAAACUCACCGCCAAAGAGGCGCGAUGAGCUUCGGCCGCCUCCCUCCACCCCCGAGGUGUGUCAUCGGGGAACGACGACUUCUCCGAGUGACUUGACGUUUUAUUAAUGUACUAAUGUUUGUGAUAUGAGUUAGUGGAGAGUGUCCGGGCUCGGCGCGGCUCCGGCCGGGGCGGGCCCGUACGUUAUAUUAUACAAGUGUUUAGAUUUGAUACGAAUAAGGUAAUAAAACUAAGUAGAUAUAUGGAGGCAAGCGCCGAAACCCCCUCCCCCGCCCGCCCUCGCCGCUCGUCCCCGCUCCGGGGUGGUGGCGGCGGGCGGUCACCAGCAGCGUCAUCGUUCUUCACUAUUUCCUCGUAACGCCUAAGUUGUUUGAGGUAUAUUCCGCGCAUUUCUUUCAAAGGUUCCUGGUCUCCGCCGCGGGGGCCGACCACCGCAGUGUUUAUAACUUGUACCGACCGUGAAACAAUUAUACGAAUUAUAAAACA